AUGCGGUCCGUGUAUAGCGGCGAGCAUCAGGAAAAACUACUCAAUGAUAUCAUAGCUUUCUAUAUCGACAGAGGAGAGAAGAAGAACAAAGAAUUUUAUAUUGAUCGCUUUGCAGAGUUUAUAAGUGACGUAAACUUCAAUGUUCCUGCUGUAAAUGGCAUUCUCUCUCGUCUUAACACGGAUUGGAAGCUUUAUGCAUAUACCCUUGACUAUUAUAAUGACGCCUUAUUCGCGGAUGAAGUUCCUCAGAAACUCAGAGGUUAG